AUGGGCCAAGUACCAUCUGCGUGUCGUCAUCGUCAUCAGAACCGGCAGAUGCUGGACAUCCAGCGUCAGGAUCGAGCAGGCAAGCGACAUCGACUGCAAGAGCUUCGAGAACAGGAGUUCCCCUCUGACAAUGAUGACGAUGGCAUUUGGCGCGCGUGGGGCGGUGAAGGUGAGUUGUCGCUGGCAGAUGGUCGACCGUUCAGCAGCGGCACUGAGGGCGAUCACAGUGGCAAAGAGUUUGAAGAAGCUCUGCGUGAAGUGUUGGGCUUAGCUGAAAAUCAUCUUAGCCUAACCCGAGACGGCGGCCUUGAUGCGGAGGUUGCAUCAAGACUGAAGAAGGCUCAUCGCCGUGUUGCACGAGACCUCGCAGAGGUGGAGUGCGCUCACAUCAUCGGCUGGAAUGCUCAUUUCAACAAAGCGCAACUGGAUGGUGUUGGAAACCUGUCAAAGGACAUGUUGCAGAUGGGCGAAUGGGUUCUGGAGCCCGAAAAGACGAGCGGCCUAUGCGUUGCAGAAUUUUGCAUCAACUCAAAAGCAUUCUCUGCGAAGCUAUACCAACUUGGGAGAGUUGCCGAGAUGAUUCAGGCAGGAGCGCAGUGGCUCGAGGCACGCCCCUGCUCGGAUGACAUCAACAGUACUGACCGCAUCACCUACCUCAUCGUUGUCGACAAAUCUCGUCCUCGGUUUUUUCCUGAAAGGAUUCUCCGCAGAUAUACUGCGCUCAACCAAGCCUUUGAAAAUGGCAGGUUCGGCGUACUGUACGUCAGCGUGACAACACUGGCGCGUGCGUUGAAACGAGGCCAUUUGUUUGGGAUGGUGAGUCUUUGUUUCUCUUGCCUUCAUCAUCCAUCAGCGCAAUUUCCACGAUUGGCCGGCUUCGUGUGA